UGCAAACUUCAAGAAAGUUCCAACUCCCCCUUCCGACACUUUUAAGUUUUAAAAUUUACCGGAGUUUUCAGUUUGAGAAGCUGUUCCGGACCUGGCACCAGUGCUGACGCGCGAGAGCAACGUUCUUCCCUGGCAGUGGAAGGCCUUCUUCCGACCAAGACAGCGCCAUGGCUAACAUUCGACCCCGCUGGGCGGCCUUUUUGAUUGUAAUGUUCGUCACAUGUGCUUUGAAGGCAUCCGCAGAGAGUGAGGGGCGGGGAUGUGGCCAGUAUGUCCAUCACUUCAACUCUGAUGAAGUCCCGUUUGGUCCCUUGACGUUGGUGCGGGGCCUGCGGGGUGGAGGCGUUCAUGCUCUGCAGCCAGCUGGGCAGGUGGAGAUAGUCGUGGGUGCACCAGGGGAUCUGUUCAACGUGUUCUUGCAGGGGGGCAACUUUGAGCGGUCGUGGGGCAAUGACGAGACCCCUAGACUGGUUCUGGGGACGGACAGCUGGAUGGACAGCGAACAGGAUGACCAUUUUGGCAGGGUUAUGGAGCUGCUGAGCACUGUUCAUCUUCAGAGUCGCAUUCUAGAUAUUGAAAGAAUCCAUUCUGAGCUUCGAAGGGCUGCCAUUUCAAGGCUUCGGGAAGAGCUGCAGUGGCGGGAGGCUCAGCAGCAGGCACAAGCCAAAGCAAGGGCGGCAGCAGAUGCAGCUCAAGAGAGCCAGUCGGUGCAGUCCCACGUCAUGUCCCUUUGGGACACCCUCAGGUCCAGUCUGGCGGACAAGUUGAAGACAUUCAGAGAAGAGCCGGAGUUGGCUGCGGUGCAACGCCAGAAGGCUUCCAAUGAAGUGAUCGAACCUUUUGCCGUCUUCCAUCGCGCACAUGAAGCCGCCGCGUCGUCCUUCUUUGGCUGCGUGGCUAUUGGGAUCGCCGUUGCUCUACUGUGCUCGCUGGUCUUCUCCUGCCUCAUGGCGCUCUGCCAGUGCCCUGUGGAAGACGAAGAAGUACCAGCCAUUAUUCUGUCAUCUCCCAACACCAUCGCUACGCCCCUGUUGACCACAACUGAGCACGAGGACGGCUCUGGGAUGGAAGAGGGGUUCAUCCAGAACCCGCUUUUGGAGACUCGGGUCUAUCAGCCCCCAUCUAUUGAUGUUGCGACGAGCAAGUAAGAUUCAGUGAUAUGACGCCAGAGAAUUUCGUAGGAAGUAUGUUGCCUUCAACAGUGUACAGAAGCCCCGACAAAUUUCACACAGGCACAUGGACCAUGCCUUGUAGAUGUACGCACUUUCCUACCGUCGUCGCUAGAUUACUCUCGAGCAAGAAAGCACGUACUUUCGUCUCCCGAUAUCAUUAGAAUCAGAAUCAUUAUCGAGCAGAAAAGUAGACUUGCACAUCAUAAUUAUCCCUAGCUCCUGGUUGAAUGACUCCUGCUCUUCUAUGCUUGUCAGGUUUAGUGUUGCCUUGUAUAACAAUUAUAAAUCAAGUCCAGACCUUAUGGAUUUUCUGGAAGUUACCAGCCUGGUAUGUGUUGUUACAGUUCCUAUUGUAGUCUUGUAGAAGCUCAUGACCAUUGAAAUCUAUGUUGUGGAUUUGGGAACUUCCUCUUUAUCGAUUUUCAAGCACUACUUAUUCGGUUC